AUGGAACCCACCGUUAAGAAAUGCACCUCUUGCACUUGCGAACCCGUCUCUGCGCCUGCGCAUGAGCAACAGAAGCUUUUGGAAAACACAUCUGCACCCUCAGCCUCUGCUACAUUUAAGGCAGUUUCCAAGCGCCUUGUUAGAAACGUAGGCAGAGCCAUCUCCACCUACAAACUUAUUGAACAGGGCGAUCGUGUUGCACUGGCCCUCUCGGGAGGAAAGGACAGCUGGACACUUCUCCACGUCCUCCUUGAUAUAGCAAAACGCUCCCCAGUUAAGUUCACUGUUAUCCCUGUGACGGUGGAGACAGGAUAUCCAGGGUUUGAAGCCAAUGUCGCAAAGCUCACGAAGUACAUUGAGGAGAACCUCGGCAUAAAGCACGUGGUCAUAAAGGAGACCUUCCCGGAGAUAAUCGACGGGAACUUACGCCAAGGAACAAGCAACUGCUCGUUCUGCGCCCGCUUACGAAGAGGAACCCUCUACACGCAUUGCCAAAAACUGGGGAUUAAUAAGCUCGCCCUAGGUCACCAUAGGGAGGACGUUAACGAGUCACUUUUGAUGUCUCUUUUCUUCAACGGAAAACUCUGGACGCAAGGCCCGAUAAUUCAUAACUCAGAGAAGAACGUUACGCUAAUUCGCCCCAUGGUAUUCUGCGCAGAAGAGGACACUAUUGCAUAUGCGCGCCAUAGUACGUUUCCAAUAGUUACAUGCAACUGUCCCCACGAGGGAAACAAAGAACAUCGGCGGUACAAGAUCAAGCAGACGAUUCUUACCAUGCGCCAGUGGAUUCCAGAUAUCCAGCGCAGCAUCUUGACGGGGGCCACAGAGCUAUUCCAAUUCAUGCAAUAUACAGACAAGGGCAAGGAGCGAAAUAACAGAGCAGAGGACGAUGGUGAGCUAAUGUAA